AACUGCAGAUGGCUGAUCCAUCUUUGUGGUCAACGAUGACAGUGAGGGGCGUAUGUGCGAUCCUUGUGGUGCUCCUGGGACAGUUUACAGUGGGCUGUUACUAUUCCUUAAAUGUGACGUUGGUAGCCAUGAAAGCUACGUUCAACUACUCUCAAACUGAAGUGUCUCUAGUCAUGUCCUCAUUUCUACUUGGAUUCGGAUUUGGAAUGCAUUCAGGGGCCGUGCUGGACAGGAUUGGACCAAAGUGGACCUCGCUAAUUGGCAUAGCUCUCACCGUUCCUGGCCUUGGGCUUAUGUACAUCGCCUCUGUGACUGUUGAGUUCUUCCGUGACAAAUCAUGGCUUCUGGCUAUUUUUGCUUUCAUUGCAGGUCAAGGUAGCUUCGUGACCUUCACCGUUACCUGGACGACAGGCGCACGACAGGCGGACCCACGUAUUAGGGGGAUACUAAUGGGUGUGUUCAAAGCCUUUCUUCUCGGGAGUCCAGUUUUCUUCACCUUAAUCUACAAUGUAUACUUCAUGAAUGGUCAAAUUGAAGACGCAAAGAAACAAAACUUUCAAGGUUAUAUUUUGUUCGUGAUGAUAAUACUUGUGAUUGUUGACCUUUUAGCAAUCUGUCUGUUGAAAGAUGAUAACAGUGGAAUUACAGAAAUUAAUAACGGCCAAGAAAUGGAAAUGGAGAGUGGUAUAUACGGAACUAUCCCCAAUGUAAUUGACGAUGAUACUUUGGAAGAAGACAAACCAAUGAGUACAAUAACAGAGGUGAAGGAUGAACUCUUUUCGAGCGAUGAGGAAGACGAUCUGAAAACCAAAUAUAAAGAAUACUUUUGUUUGGAAAAUGCAAUGGAUGAAUAUGAUCGAGAUGAUGACACAUGGUCUUUUGAAAAAGUUCAGAAUUCAUACACUUCUGUGGACAAAAAAGACCAUUCUGAUGAACAUGACCAGAAAGAUCCUUCCAUCAACAUGUAUUAUUCUUUUCCUGACUCAAAGUUACAAAGGGAGUGUGAACCAACUGAAAACAAACACAGAUCUGACGCGAAUCUAUGCAACCAUGAGGAUAGUUCAUCAACAUCGUCUGAUAAUGUCUUGUCCGGAAAAGAAGACGUUCCACUAAUGACGCAAAAAGUGUCUGAACAUGUUCCUUUAAUAAAGCUUCUGAAGACAUCAUCGUAUAACAUUGUGCUCUGGAAUAUCUCAUUGAGUUUGAUAACUGACACAGUGGUCUACGGUAACAUACCCGUCAUCACCCAGAGUGCCAACCUGCAAUAUUUAGAUACAUCUUUAAUGAUUGUAAGUCGUGUAUGUAUCUGCAGCAGUGCGUUCUUUUCUGGCCUCUUCUACAAUUACAUGAACAAUCAACGAAGUAUCUAUUCUUUGAUAUUUGUUGCUGUGUUGGCAUUACUGUCCGCCAACACGAUGAUGUUGAUCUCCACAGAACACGCUGCCAUACUUCUUGUAGCUGCUGGACUUAUUGGAUCAGCUUCUGGAAUACUAUGGGUUCUAGGUGCAGGUUUGGUGUUUUCUGUGUUUGGACCUAAAGAUUAUGGCAGGAACUGGGGCUUUGUUAUUAUGAUGAGUUUCGUUUUAUCUGAAUGCGUGUCUUUGAUUUUCGGGAAGAUGUAUGACACCCAGGUAUCUGAAGCAGAUUCACACGUAUGCUAUGGAGGUCAGUGCACUAAACACUGGUUCAUUCUUUUGCUUUGUAUAUUGGCGGUGUCAUUUAUACUGAGCUGUUGGCAACUGAUCACCACGUGGAAAAGGGCGAUUUAGCAAUUGUCCUGUUAAACUAUUUUGACACUUCACAAUCAUUUUUACAAAAUGUCAGAACCCUAAUUUACACAGGAAUGAAGAACUUCACAGCACACAUUAAGCGACCAUCGUCGAGUUCCGGUCAUGCAGAAAGUGGUGUUGGCAGUUUUGUGUCUCACUCGUAAUCGAGAAGAAAGGAGUGUUACUCCCGGGCAUAUGUUUAUCUCUGGACUAUGGUAUAUAUAUUAUGUAACAUACUUCUGCUAAGACCCAUCACCAUGUAGUCGCUCGUGUUCCUUCGCAACAUCACGAACAUAAAUACCAAAAUAUACCUAUUAUGCCUUUGGUAUUAUUCGCAGAAAAGAGAAGAAGAUGUAUAAUUUCCCAACCGGCAGCACACGCCACUCACACAAUUUGCAUCCCAAUGUAUGUAAAUAACAAUG